AAACAGUUGCCUUGUCAAUUGUACCAGCCAGGUUCUGUCAAAUCACAGUGAGCUAUUCUACACAAUCAUCUUUUCCAAGAGUGAUUUACCGACACAGGUUUAUUUAUUUUCUAUCAGAUGCAGUUGUAGCCCACUGCUUGGGAAUAAAUUCUUAGCGACAAUGUGGGACGCCAACGUUCGGCCACUGCAAGGAAUAUUGAUUUGAAACAGACGGAAACUCGGGGCCAUUGGACUCUCAUAAAGAGUUUGCAACCACCACGUUGUUCAGAAUAUUGAAGAGUAGCCUACACUGCGAAAUGGAUUUGCAUGAAGGAGCCGCAAACGGUCAUUAUGAGGGUGUUUUAGACCUGUCGCGUCGGAAUUUGAACAGUUUGAGCUUGGUCAAUAUCAGCGAGGAGCAAAAGAGGGACACCAAGCAGUUGUGUCUAAGCUUCAAUCGAUUGGCCUCGCUGCCCGGAUCAGUUUGUAUGUUCUACAACCUCGAGUUUCUGGACAUUAGCAAUAACGGACUAUCGGUCAUCUGUGAAGACAUUACUCGGUUAACCAAACUCAGAACACUAAUAUCCAAGAACAACCGUCUGGACGAAUUCUCGCUGCCUAAGGACUUUGGGUCUUUGCCGUUGGAGGUGUUGAAUCUAAGUGGCAAUCGAUUUGAGGAGAUGCCAGCGCAGUUCCUGAAGUUGCAGCGGCUACAAUCACUUUCCCUUGGGGGAAACAGAUUACAAAGUAUUCCUGCAGAAAUAGAAAACUUAACCAGUCUGGAGCUUCUGUAUUUGGGUGGUAACCUGAUCACGUCUAUUCCUCCUGAGCUGGCCAACCUGCCCUACCUCAGCUACCUGGUCCUGUGUGACAACCGCAUCCAGGGCGUACCCCCGCAGCUCACCAGGCUCCACUCCCUGCGUUCCCUCAGUCUCCAUAACAACCUGCUGACCUACCUACCCCAGGAGAUUCUCAGCCUGGUGCACCUGCAGGAGCUCAGUCUCCGCGGAAACCCCCUAGUUGUGCGCUUCGUCAAGGAAAUGACCUAUGACCCUCCGUCGCUGCUGGAGCUGGCGGGUCGUACCAUCAAGAGCCGAAACGUUCCAUACUCGCCCUGCGACAUGCCCUGCCACCUGCUGCACUACCUAGACCUGGCCAGCAAGUGUCCCAAUCCUAAGUGUGCCGGUGUGUACUUUGACUCAUGCGUGCGCCACAUCAAGUUUGUGGACUUCUGUGGGAAGUACCGGCUGCCCCUCAUGCACUACCUGUGCUCCCCAGAAUGCACCUCACCCUGCAGCUCCAACCCCCAGAGUGACGCAGAGUCAGAGGAUGAGAUCAGCGUGCCCGCUGACCGCCUGCAGAAGGAAGUCGAUCGAGGUUGGCAGAGUGUGUAUGGACACAUACACACAUUUACUGUGAAAGGAGAAGACCUAACUAAUCUGACAAGAUUCAAUGAAAGUUGGUAUUUCCAGCCCUGGGUUUUCUCUAAAUAUAGACAGUUAUAGAUGUCUUUUGAUCUGUGUGGGAACAUUUACACAAUGUCCCCAGAAGGUACAUGUUCAAGGUGAACAGGUACUACAGUAGUUGGCCUUUAAGACAUUAAGACUAAAAAUGCUGGUCUAUUGUUACAAUAUUAUGAAGAAGUGAAAUUAAGUGGAAGGAACAGCAACAAAACAAACAUUACUUUUUGCACCCUGAAAUGUGACAAUUCACCAUUUGAGUUUGUCUUUUGUUUCCUGGAAGUGAUUUUCUAUUCAUGAUCCUAAACCAAUGUGAAAAAAAGCAUUUUUUUUGUAGCCUGUACUGCGCUUAUACAAAUCCAUCAUUCUACUGUCUGACACACAAUGGCUCACACACUAAUACAGUGCAUUUAUUGAAGAUGACUUAUGGAAUAUAAUAUAGUACUCAUACAGGUCGAUGAUCUGUACAAAAGUAUGUGCACUUUUCCCCUUUAAUAUAGACUGUACAGUAUAUAAUAUUCCUAAUAAAGUUUGAUUUGAAUAUCUAAAA